CUCGAUCAUUUACUCAUUUAAAGUGAAUUUUUUUACUUGUGUAUUCUAUAAAGACGAUUGUUUCAAUGCUCGCGAGUUUAGUCGCGAUCCAACUCUUCGAGCGUGAAAUUAUCAAACUGGAACUUUUAUUUAUAGACCCAUAUUCGGUGCAAAAGUAUUUACAUUAAAUUUUUUGUACUAAUUUUAAAGUGAAGUGAGGUAUAUAAAAGGAUCUGCUGACUGAUUUAAUAUUUUGACAAAAACAAUAAUAAUAAAUAGCUAGGAUAAUGGCGACUGACAGUUCUAAUACGUUGGAACUCAGUCCAAUACCACGUUCCGCUUCUGCCAAUCGUUUUCAAGUUAAUUUAGUAAAUAAGGAAUCAAAUGGUGGCGAAGCACAUGCGGAGGAUGAUGAUGAUCAAUUUAAUGAAGAUACAGAAAUAGUUAAACAACGUAGAACAUCACGAAUUCAGGCCAUCAGAAGCAGUUUUCGUGAUUCUGAUAAAAAGAAUGUCGAGAAAAAGCGCAAGGAAAGUGUAACCCGAUUCAAGGUCAGCGAUGAAAAUUCCGACUCGGGUGAAGAUGAAAAUUUACUCGAUGGAAAUGAAUAUGAUACGAAAUAUGGAAGGAGUUUCAGACAUUUCACCAGAGAAGCACUCCCACGUUUAGAUAAUUACCGCAAUAUCAUGUCUAUACAAGCUGGAACUCGACCAACGUUAGAAGAGCUCCAUAAUGCAUCUAUAACAAAUAAAGCACAGACAAUGCCUUCAAAUAUGGACCCUGAAGGCUUGACAGAAGGCCUUGUAAAGUUUGGCUGGAUCAAAGGAGUUUUGAUGAGAUGUUUACUAAACAUUUGGGGUGUUAUGCUGUUUUUGCGUCUGAGUUGGGUUGUUGGGCAAGCUGGCAUUUGGCAAGGCUUAUUAUUAAUUCUAAUUACAACAUGUGUCACAACAAUUACUGCAUUAUCUAUGAGUGCCAUUAGCACAAAUGGUAUUAUUAAAGGCGGUGGAACUUACUUCAUGAUAAGUCGCUCUCUAGGACCAGAAUUUGGUGGUUCAAUUGGUUUAAUUUUCUCUCUCGCAAAUGCAGUUGCCGUUGCUAUGUACAUUGUGGGAUUUUGUGAAUCACUGCUUUCAUUAUUAUGGAAUUCAUUCGGAUUUACAAUUAUUGAUGGUGCUGUGCAAGAUACCAGAAUCAUUGGAAGUAUUACAGUGCUGUUAUUAUUGAUUAUUGUAGUCAUCGGAAUGGAAUGGGAGGCAAAGGCACAAAUUGUAUUGCUUUUCAUUCUUUUGGCUGCUAUUUGUGAUUUCAUCUUCGGCUCUCUUUGGGGUCCGAAAAGUGAUGAAGAUAGAGCAAAGGGAUUUUUAGGCUAUAACAUGACAAUUCUCCAAACAAACAUCCUUCCGGAUUAUCGACUCGACAAGUCAACGAAUAAAACGCACGACUUCUUUUCAGUAUUUUCAAUCUUUUUUCCUGCAGCAACUGGAAUAUUAGCUGGGGCAAAUAUCAGUGGUGAUUUGAGAGAUCCACAAAAAGCUAUUCCAAAAGGUACGUUGCUUGCAAUUUUUCUGACAACGCUCUCAUACCUUGGGAUGGCGGUCAUGACUGGAAGCUGUGUCGUACGUGAUGCAACGGGAAACCUCACAGAAUACGUUCAAGGAACAUUCCUCGAUUGUACUGACCGAAAAUGUGAAUACGGAUUACAAAAUUCAUUCCAGGUCAUUGAACUUGUGUCAUUGUUUGGGCCAUUGAUAUAUGCUGGAUGUUUUGCGGCAACAUUAAGUUCUGCACUUGCAUCUCUAGUUUCUGCACCGAAAGUCUUUCAAGCACUUUGCAAGGACGAACUUUACCCGAAAAUUAAAUGGUUUGCAAAAGGAUUUGGAAAAAAUAAUGAGCCAGUACGCGGUUAUGUUUUGACAUUCAUUAUUGCAAUCGGAUUCAUUUUAGUCGGUGAACUGAACGCAAUUGCGCCAUUAAUCUCAAAUUUCUUCCUCGCAGCAUAUACGCUCAUUAACUUCAGCACAUUUCAUGCUAGCUUAGCAAAGCCAAUAGGAUGGAGACCAAAAUUCAAAUAUUAUAAUAUGUGGUUGAGUCUUGUCGGUGCCAUCCUAUGCGUAGCCGUAAUGUUUUUGAUAUCAUGGAUAACAGCUCUUCUUACAUUUGCGGUGGUUCUGACACUUUAUCUCAUUGUCGCAUAUCGUAAACCAGAUGUAAACUGGGGAAGCUCAACACAAGCACAAACAUACAAAAAUGCUCUGAUGAGUGUACAACAAUUGAAUUAUGUGGAGGAGCAUGUCAAAAAUUAUCGUCCGCAAAUAUUAGUGCUGUCAGGUUCACCCAACACCCGUCCACAACUUGUCACGUUUGGAUAUUUACUUACGAAAAAGUUGUCACUUCUCGUACUUGGACAUAUCAUGAAAACACAAAUCUCACAAAAGUACCGAAACUAUUUACUGAAAAAAUCCAAUGAUUUCUUUAAGCGCCAUAAAGUGAAAGGUUUCUAUUCCAUUGUUGACGAUAAUGAUUUUGAAACGGGCAGUCGUGCAUUAAUGCAAGCUUCAGGCCUUGGCAAGCUUAAGCCAAAUAUCUUACUUAUGGGAUAUAAGCAAGAUUGGCAGACAUGUGACAGUGCUGAAUUGGAUCGUUAUUUUAAUGUUGUGCAUAAGGCAUUUGAUAUGUAUUUGGCUGUAGCAAUUUUGAGAGUUCCCAACGGACUUGACUGUUCAAACUUCUUAGGCGAUGAAGCACCCCGACACAUCUUGGAAGCGCCAAAAACAUUAAUAUCAAAUGAUAGCUCGGCUGACCUUACCGCAGUACGAGAGAAAAAUAAUUCAAUUCACGGCAGUUGCGAUUCGUUGAGUCGAAACAUCUCACAAGAUGAGAAGAAUAAUGUACAUAAGAAGCCUGAAAUGAAAUGUAAGGCAAGCAGCACCAGCGAUCUCACUCAUAAUAACGUUUCUGAUGCCCCAGAUCCGGUCGAUAUUAAACGAAAACUCUUAAAUUCAACACCGAGCAAAUCAACAACGAAGAAAAUUGAUAAUGAUCCAUCAUUAUUGUACCGUGGACCAGGUGGCUCAGAAUUACCCAAGGAAAUCAUAGACGAGCUAACACGAUUUACAACAAAGCAACGAAAGGAUGCUGUUAUCGAUGUCUGGUGGCUUUAUGAUGAUGGCGGUUUAACAUUGCUUCUUCCUUACAUAAUCAGCACGAGGAGAAAUUGGAACACAUGCCGCCUACGUGUGUUUGCAUUGGCAAACAGAAACUCUGAACUUGAGUUCGAGCAAAGGUCAAUGGCUAGUUUACUAUCGAAAUUCCGUAUCGAUUAUUCAGAUCUUAUUUUAUUGCCUGAUAUUAGCAAGAAGCCAGAUGAAUCAACUGUGGCAUUUUUCGACGAUUUAAUUAAAAGUUUUGUUUCACCGAACGACAUUAGCGACGAUUCCAUGAUAACAGAAUCAGAAUUGAUUGCCGUGCAAGAUAAAACAAAUCGACACUUGAGGCUGCGCGAAUAUCUUCUCGAGCAUUCAGUAAAAUCAGAUUUGGUCGUGAUGACCUUACCAAUGCCUAGGAAGAAUAUUAUAAAAGCUGCACAUUAUAUGGCAUGGCUUGAGGCGCUGAGUAAGGAUCUACCACCAUUUUUAUUCGUGCGUGGCAAUCAACAAUCGGUCUUAACAUUCUAUUCUUAAUUGUUAUACAACUUACACAUCACAUUUUACCUUAUUAAUGCAAAGCAUACACAGAGAGAAAAAUAACCUUAGGUGCCCAUUAAUUAAGUUUAAAAGCGCAUGCAUAAUUUAAUUUAUUUUGAGAAAAAAAAUAUAUGAUGAAAAUGACAAAAUUCCAAGCUAAUAAAAAUAGCUUAAAAGCUUUGAUAUUAAAGGAACUUUUUUUAUGAAAAGAAUAUAAAGCUAAAAAAUUCCAUUUAGCAUUAAUUAAUUUUUUUAAUUCUCACAGUCCUUCGUGGAAAUAAUAUCUGAAAGUUCAGAGAAAUUUUAGCGUGCUUUUUUUCAUUUUUAAAUUUGAGUUUUAAAGCUUUGCUUUUGUAACAAUGUGAAAUUUUGGGAAAGGAAGAAAUAAUUGUUUAUUAGUAUUGAAAGGUCAAAAAAGCCAUGACUGGAAAGUAUUUGAAAAAUCAACCCCCCCCCAAACUCUCUUCUCAUUUGAAAAUUUCUGGCAACAAUCAUAAAUUCAUUCCUAUCUUCCUGUUCUAAGCUGACAUCUUCAUAACCUUGAUACCAAUUAAGUUUAGGCUAAUCACAGCAAAUGAACUAAAAGCAAAAGAUGAAUCAAGCAACAAUUACUAAUGAGAAAAAAGCGCUAAAAUGUUAAAGAAAUCUCAUUUCUAAUUUAACAAGAUUUUAAUAAGAAAAAAAAGUCAUGAAGCU